AUGACAAUUCGCGAAUUUGAGGUUCUCCUCGCACUAUGCAAGGCAUCUCCGAAUAUUCGUAGUGCCCAGAGUGCUCAGCGACUUGUUCAUCAGCUCGCCCCUUACAUCCUCGAUGCCCAUGUUCACUCGUUUGUGCCAUCGCCUUAUUUUAGAAAUAUCGAACCCUCCCCAACCGAAGCUCUUGCAUUUCAUACUACUGGUGCACUGUUGGUGCUCGGGAACAGCUAUGAAGAUCUUGAGGAUAAAACUGCUGAAGCCAUAUGGGCUUUUGUCAAUGCUUGCGGCGUGGUAGUGGAGAGUAUUGCGUCACGCCAGGCUGAGGAUGCGGAGACGUCUAAUGUUGAGGAUGCUGUUCGAACUGCGACUGUCGCCGUUGCCCUGCUUGGUUUCAUGGAUGCGGCGUCUGCGCAAGCUGAUUUCUGGAGGGCCGGUGGCCGAUCUGUAGAGUGGUACUCAACUCUUAUUACCGACCAAAUGAACUUUCUUGAGGCUUCGGCAGAUUUUGAUCAGCAGCUUGCCACGUCAUGGCAGCAGAAAAUGGCCUUUGCAGUCAAGGCGUCCUCUCUCAUAGCCUACCUCUGUUGCGCUAUUCUCAACGUUGACGCUGCGGACACCGAAGUGCUCAUGGCCUGGCUCGAGGAUGUCCUUGGUGACCCUGUGCAGAUGGCGGAUGAGGCCUUGGCAGUUACGUCUGCUACCAACUCAAGGACCGUCGCAACGGCAGCUAAAUGCCUCGCUUCAGUCUUGCAAAUGCUAUCCAAAGACGCCAUCAUUACUACCCUAUAUACACUCGGGAAUGUCCUCAGUCCGGGUUCUAACCGCGCCGUUAACGGCGCAAAUGAUGACCUCGCGACGGAUGCUGUAGGCGUUCCAGUCUACACUGGUCAGCAUUCCACCGGCAGCUCCAUUUCCCUGCAACUUGAAGGCGAGGAGCACACGGCCGUUGCGUAUGGCAAUGUCGUCCAGGCAAUUUGCGGCAUAGCCGAAGCCGUUGUCAAUGCUCAGAUCAUCACUGGGGCUGCUGCAUUGUCCCUGAAGGGCGGUCAGCUUGAGUUUCGUUCGCUCCUCAAGAUGUACUCUAGGAUCUCGCAUCUUGCUGUAGCUGAAAAGAAAGAGCAACUCUUGAAUGCGGUUAUGAAAGCACGCUGCCACAUAUCCGCGAAUUUGAGGCCCGGCUCGCCUCUCUUCGAUACCUAUUGGGAACACCUCUUAGAUACUAUAAUCUCAGUCGGGGAUGUUCACCAAUCGUCUCAAACCAAAGACUCCGAUGUCCAAUUAGCAGCGCAGGACAUUGCACAGCUUCUCCGGCCACUUGCGGUGUUUAUGGCCUCCAACGACAUGUCCGUUGAUGCUAUAACAGAGGAUGAAUCGCACUCGAUGCUUCGUGAUGCCUGGUUCAAUAUCGUUGUCCAUGGAUUCCUUUCUUCUAGCGACUUGGGGGAGAAGUGGGCGAACGAGCUGCGCAUAAUGGCAGCGGCUUAUCUUGUUGAGAGCCUGCGAGCCGACGCAGGGGACUGCACAAAAGCGCUGUCGUACUUCCUAGAACCCAGCAUGCGCGGUGGAGCUGUGAGCAGCACGAUGGAGGCGCUUACUGCUGCCGUCGUAGGCAAGUAUCUCGCGAAGACCACCGCCGGAAAAGACGGGGCUUUUACUGCUCACUGUCUCGAAGAGGAAACCGAUCUCUAUGAACCGCAGUCGAUAUUCACUUCCCGCCUCGGCAACGUAACGGUCGAGCUCUCUCACGACUACGACUAUCGGCGACGCACACUCAAUCUGCUCACCUAUAAAGCAAAGGCAUGGGUCUCAGUGGCGAUUAAUCUCGCUUCUCUGGAUGUUAAAGGGCUACUACAAACUUAUCUGUCUGAAUACUAUGACGAAGGGGCAUAUGGACACACCUCUUUCGGACGGUCUUUCGCCGUUGAGCUCGGCUCCCUUAUCCCAGCCACCGACAACCGCCUACAGUCUAUCGAACCCGUUGGAAACUACAAGGUGAAUGCUGCCUCGGAUUUUGUCGCUCAAUAUACAACCCGCCAGGAGUAUAGGUAUGGUGAGACGUUACCAGAUAGGGGUAUGGAGUUGAUGAGCUUCAUGCACAUCAACAGACGAACGUCCUUUGUUCAUUCGUCCAAUGAUAGCGCCAACGCCGCAACCGCUCUCGCACAUGUGGAAGCUCGUCUCUUAAGCGGGAAGGAUACACCCCUCGAGGAAGUUCGAGCCAUUCUCCGAAGGGCAGCUGCCCUUUUGUGCCGCAGCACGCGUGAUGAGUCCGCCGUCACACACUACCUUGUUUCCAUCCCAUUUGCUAUGUUCACGAAGCAAUCCAUCAAGCUCGGUGCUUCUCUAUGGCUGGGGGUGAUUAACGAAACCCCGCAGCUAGAGCCAAGACUUUUAGCAGAGAUUGCCCAGCAAUGGGAGCUUACCAUCCAACGGCGACUUGGGCUCUUCAACACGGCAAUGACUCACCCGGAUCCGUUUAUGGCCAAAAACGAAUUCGCUCCAAGCGAUCUUGAGGCUAUUGCAAAACAGAAGCAAUUCGUACACAACUUACUCUCCCCGCAUGCCUGGUUGAUUGUGUUUCUUGGUAGCCAUUUCAAUGCCACGCGCCUUGGAAGCCCUAAUGUACAUAAAAUCUUCCUUCGUCUGAUUGAUAUCACGGUCGAUGCGUGGCGCUUGAAGGACAAGAUUUUGUCUGCCGGGCUCAGUUGGUUCAAGCAUUCACCACGAUAUUCGUUCGGAAACAACAUCCUUCAGGUCAAGACGGAAUUGAAGUUGCUCACCGAUGUCCUCAACGCUCUAAAGCCCGUAGCGUAUAUCGGCGCACACUCAGUGGGCAACGUCAGGUCUCUUCAAGCCAAGGAGCAACUCCUCACCCUUCUUCUAGAGAACGAGCAAACCCGGCUAGCAGUCUGGCUGAAUCCAACAGACGAUGCAUCGAAAUUUCAAACCUUCGGGCCAAAUAGCUCUAAGAAUGCCCUCGAGAUCCGAUGGCUUCUACUCAAUGUACCAGGAAAGGCCAUCGACGAGCCCGGGGCUGUCAGCCUCCUUCUUGGCGGCAUGCUACCGGAUGAUGUCAAUUUCCUUCAGCUUAAGCAUCUACUGUACUGGGCGCCCGUAAGCCCGAUCACGGCCAUAACGUUGUUCAUGCCUUCCUACCAAAAUCAUCCUUUUAUCAUCCAGUAUGCCAUGAGAGCGCUCGAGUCUCAUUCUGUAGACGUAAACUUCUUCUAUGUCCCGCAAAUCGUGCAGACCCUCCGAUACGACGCGUUGGGCUAUGUGGAGCGUUUCAUUCUAGAGACCGCACAGUUCUCGCAGCUUUUCGCUCACCAAAUCAUCUGGAACAUGAAGGCAAACUCUUACAAGGAUGAUGAUGCCCAGAUUGAGGAUGCCAUCAAGCCCACCCUUGACAGUGUCAUGAAUAAGAUGCUCAAGCCCCUUAUCAAGAGGUCUAAGCCAGAGAAGAAGCAGAAAAUCGAGGAGGAAUUACGUAAAAUCAAGGUAGAAGUCGGUGUUUAUCUUCCCAGUAAUCCCGACGGUGUUGUCAUUGGUAUCGAUCGCAAGUCUGGGAAGCCCCUACAGAGCCAUGCGAAAGCCCCAUACAUGGCUACUUUCAGGAUUAAGAAGACGAAGACAAAUGUGGAUUCGUCGACAGAGCUGAUAAAUGGAGCGGGAAAGAAAUCCCAGGAGCGAGAGGAGACCUCGAUUGAAACAUGGCAGUCGGCCAUCUUCAAGGUGGGCGAUGAUUGCCGCCAGGACGUGCUCGCUUUGCAGAUGAUUGCGGCGUUCCGAGGCAUCUUCCACAAUGUUGGGUUAGACGUUUACGUUUUUCCAUAUCGCGUUACGGCUACCGCCCCUGGCUGCGGUGUUAUCGACGUGCUCCCGAACUCGAUUUCACGAGACAUGCUCGGCCGGGAGGCUGUCAACGGCUUAUACGACUACUUCAUCUCCAAGUACGGGAACGAGGAUUCUCUGCGGUUCCAGAAGGCACGCAACAACUUCGUCAAAAGCAUGGCGGCCUACUCUAUGAUCUCUUUCCUCCUACAAUUCAAGGACCGGCAUAACGGUAACAUCAUGAUCGAUGAUUCUGGUCAUAUCAUCCACAUUGAUUUUGGGUUCUGUUUCGAUAUUGCCCCAGGUGGAAUACGAUUUGAGCGUGCGCCAUUCAAGCUCACGAGUGAGAUGGUGGCUGUAAUGGGCGGCAACACGGAACACCAAUCAUUCAAGUGGUUUGAAGAACUCUGUGUGAAGGCUUUCCUCGCCAGCCGGCAGUACUGCGAUAGGCUGUCGCAGAUUGUCCUCUUAAUGAUGGACAGCGGCCUUCCCUGCUUCAAGCCGGAGACUGUGAAGCAUUUUCGGGAGAGAUUCGUGCUAGAGAAGUCAGAAAGGGAGGCGGCAGACUUCAUGAAAGACCUCAUCAAAAAGAGCUAUGCAAGUUAUUCUACAAGCAUAUACGACCAAUUCCAGCUCUUGACUAACGGGAUCCCGUAUUGA